AUGCUGUCUGUAAUGACUGGCAGAAAAGGCCCCAGAGGAGAACCAGGUGAACGAGGAGAAUCUGGUCUAAGAGGAGAUCAUGGAGAUCCUGGGGCUAACAAUAAUGUUACUGGCCCUAAGGGUGAAAAAGGAAAACUAGCAUCACAGGGAGACCCAGGCCCACAAGGACUCCAAGGAGAGAAGGGUGAUGCUGGCCUAGAUGGUGCAGCAGGUCGAAGAGGCCCUCCAGGUAUAAAGGGUGAGCAAGGAGAUCUGGGAGAAACAGGUUACUCAGGAGAAACUGGUCUUCCAGGCCCACAGGGCCCAAGAGGACCACAAGGGAUCAGAGGACCUCCCGGACCACAAGGCAUGCCAGGCCCUCUGGGUAGUCUGGGAAUGCCUGGUUCACCUGGCUCAGUUGGAAAGUUAGGUGUAAGAGGAGCAAAGGGUGAACCUGGUGACCCUGGAGAGAAGGGCUUAGCUGGACCCCCUGGACAGAGAGGCAUUCCUGGCAUGGAUGGCAGAGAUGUCUAUGGUGCUGAAGGAAGCAAAGGAGCAAAGGGAGAAUCUGGAUUCAUAGGAUAUCCUGGUCCAGAGGGAGAAGAAGGAGAUCAGGGCAUUCCAGGAGCUGAAGGACCCAAAGGAAUUAGGGGUAGAAGAGGUAAUUCUGGUACACCAGGUUCCCUGGGAGAUCCAGGUGACCAAGGGCCAUCAGGACCUAUGGGUGCCAAGGGACCAGUGGGCACCAGUUUAAUGGAACCUUGUGAACUUGUGAAUUUUACUCGAAAAAACUGCCACACAUGCCCAGCUUAUCCAACUGAAGUGGUUUUUGCCUUGGAUAUGUCUGAUGAUGUCACACCAGCUGCAUUUGAAAGAAUGAGGAACAUUGUUAUGUUAUUGCUGAAGACCAUUAAGAUCAGUGAAAGCAAUUGCCCAACAGGUGCUCGUGUCUCUGUUGUUUCUUUCAAUACCAACAUACAUUACCUCAUCCGAUUCUCUGAAUUCCAAAAAAAAAACUUGCUGCUACAAGCCAUCCAGAGAAUCCCACUAGAGAGAUCCAGUGGAAAACGAAAUAUUGGGGCAGCCAUGAGAUUUGUUGCAAGAAAUGUCUUCAAACGUGUUCGUCAGGGCAUCCUCACAAGAAAAGUUGCCCUGUUUUUUGCCAAUGGUCCAUCGCAGGAUGAUGUUGCCAUCAGCACAGCUGUGCUUGAGUUGAGUGCCUUGGAUAUCACUCCAGUAGUUAUUGCCUUCAGUGAGGUGCCAAACAUCAGACGUGCCUUCUCUAUUGAUGACACAAGAAGAUUUCAGUUAUUUGUUUGGGAAAGACAACAAGAUGAAAAUUUGGAGGGCCUUACAUAUUGUACACUGUGCUUUGAUAAAUGCAAUCCAAGAACCAGCUGUGAGGUGCCUUUUUCUCCCCUGGUUCAGAUGGAUAUGGAUAUAACUUACAUCAUGGACAGCUCUCGCAGCAUUAGCAGUGAAGACUUUCAGAGAGCCAAAGACUUUGUGAGCAACAUGGUGGAUCAGUUUGUCGUUUCCUCACAGCCAAACGAAUCAUAUGGAGGCAUCAGAGUGGCACUGGUGCAGCAGGCUCCCAGGGGCUUCCUGCCUGACAGAAACCGGACACCCGUGGCCUUGGAGUUUGACCUAGUCACAUACAGCAAUAAAGAUUUGAUGAAGAAACACAUCCAAGAGUCUGUUCACCAGCUGGAAGGGCCAUCAGCCAUUGCUUCUGCUCUACAGUGGACAGUUGAAAAUGUAUUCUUUAAAGCCCCCAGACAAAGAAAACACAGGGUCAUAUUUACAAUAGUCGGAAGCAAAACAAGCACAUGGGACAGAGAAAGGCUGAGAGAGAUUUCACUCGGAGCCAAGUGCCAAGGGUUCACCUUAUUCACUCUUGCACUUGGCAGUGAUGUGAGUGACAAUCAGCUGAUGGAGCUGUCAAGCUCCCCCACAGAUCAGCACUCACUGACACUGGGCAGGUUUUCCACCCCGGAAAUGGCGUAUGCUCAGAGGUUUAGCCGGGCAUUCCUAAAUCUUCUACAACAAGAAAUGAACAGUUAUCCUUCACCUGAACUUCAAGAAGAGUGUGAAAACUUAGAUCGGGGAGACAUACAACAGGAAGCAUCCAUGACUGAAAGUGGUUCCAGUCAAGUUUUAGAAGACAUAGAAAAAAAUGAAAGUCGAGUCAUGAAGAGUAUGAAAGAGAACGCCAAAGAACCUGUAUACACAGUGCCAGAAAUGAGAGAUGAUUAUGAGAAGAAUGAGUAUUUCACAGAGGAAAAUGCUAAAAGGGAAAAGCCUCAAGAGUGUGGAAAAGCUCAGGAGAAGAGCAGCAAAAACUUAGAGACAACAGCAGAAACUAGAAGUGGCUGUAAUGAUUAUGAUGCAUGUGACCUUGUUCAAGAUAGUGGAGAAUGUCAGAAUUACAUUUUGAAGUGGUACUACGACAAAGAGCAGAAAAUGUGUGGUCAGUUCUGGUAUGGGGGCUGUGGAGGCAAUAAAAAUAGAUUUGAAACACAAGAAGAAUGUGGAUUCUUGUGUAUAGAAUCCUCCUAGUGCGGAGACAAAUUAACUCUUCAGUUAAACACUAUCAGGUUGAUGUGGAAAAGGCAUUCAAAAAGGAAGCUUUACAUACCCACUCAGCUCCCAUGUUUCAGCUGAAAGAAAUAGUUGAUUAUAAAAUUAUUAUCUGGUCAUAUAAUUGUGAAAAUAAAACUUAGACUAUUUCUCCAUUGAGCUAACAUGUUGAAUAUUGAAAAACUCUUGUUAGCCACCAGUGUACUGUUUAAAAGGCAUAAAAGUAUUGAAACCUGACUUUCUUCCAUAAAUACCAAAAUGUGCAUUUUCUGAAUAUACAGCAUAAAACAAAGCAGUGCCUCAGAGAUUUACAUGAAAUAAUAUCAGAUGCAAGACACUGACAUCAAAAUGUUUUGAUGUGUUUGCUUACAUUUAUCCUGCUUGUAGAUAAUACCAGAAACCAUUUAGAUCUCAAAUGACAGAAUUUGUAGAACUUAAUUCUCUUAAAGGAUUUAAAAGAUUUAUUACCAUAGCAUCAUUCUUGGCUUCUUCUUCUUUUUUUUUUUAAUGAAUA